GUGAAGGAGGAGAGUGAAGAACUGAGUGAAGAUGAGGAGAAACAUCAUGUCAAAAGUGAAAGUGAAACUCAAUUAAAGACUGAAGAUUUAUUAAAAACAACAACAGCUGAAAAUGGUUUCAACGCCUGCAAAUACACUCUCAACCUUCACAUGGGGAUCCACACUGGGGAGAAACCACACAAAUGUGAUCAGUGCAACAAAACGUUUUUGAGGCCUUCAGAGCUGACCAAUCAUCUCCGAGUUCAUACAAAGGAGAGGCCGUAUUCAUGCUCUGAGUGUGGAAAGAGUUUUACACGACAGUCAGUUUUAAGCAGACAUCAGAAGAUCCACACUGGUGUGAAAGAGUUUGUGUGCUUUGCAUGUAAGAAGACUUUUAUUAGAGCUCCAGAAUUGAAACAGCACCAGAGGAUUCACACCGGAGAGAAACCGUACGUGUGUUCACACUGCAACAAGAGAUUCAGUCGGAUGCAACUAUUGAAAGCGCAUCAGAUGAUUCACACAGGAGAGAAACCGUACACGUGUAUUCACUGUGGGAGGAGCUUCAGACACUCAACAUCCCUUAAUCGACACAUGCUGAUCCACACUGGAGAGAAAACACACCAAUGUGAUCAGUGCAGCAAGACAUUUUUAAGACCUUUAGAUCUGAAGAUCCAUCUUAGAGUUCACACAAAGGAGAAGAACUAUUUGUGUACCUUGUGUGGAAAGAGUUUUACAACGCAGUCAAAUUUAAGACAACAUCAGAAGAUCCACGCUGGUCUGAGAGAGUUUGCCUGCUUUGACUGUAAGAAGACUUUUAUUUCAUCUAAAGACUUGAAACACCACCAGAGGAUUCAUACUGGAGAGAGACCUUUCGUGUGUUCACACUGCGGCAAAACAUUCAGAUAUUCAGGACACCUGAAAGCGCAUGAGCGGAUUCACACUAGAGAGAAACCGUACUCUUGUACUCAGUGUUGGAAGGGUUUCAGGCGAUCAACACACCUUAAUAAACACAUGAAGAUUCACAGCUAAUCACAUUCUGUUGGACAAUUGCUAGGGUGCUGUAACUGGCUGUUAGGGUGUGGCUAGAAAGUUAUAAGGUCAUCAAUGAUUGGCUGCUCUCAACACUGGGCUCUAUUUUGACGAUCUAGGUACAAAGUCUAAAGCACAUGGCGCAAAAGCAAUAAGGGCAUGUCCGAAUGCACUUUUGCUAUUUUAAGGAUGGAUAAAUACGCUCUGCACCCUGGCGCAUGGUCUAACAGAGCUGUGCUUAUUCUCUUAAAGAGUUCUGGGUGUGUUUUGAGCAUAACGUGCAUUAAACCAAUCAGAGUCUCAUCUCUCUUUCCCUUUAAGAGUCAGUUGUGUCGCGCCAUGGUGCAUUUGCUAUAUACAUGGCGACUUUGUAUAAAAACUGAACACUUCACAAGCGACAAAACAGUCAAACAGAGCAUCUGCAGCACGGGAAUAAAGCCUCUUCCAUUUA